UCUGGUGUUUUCCUGACAUAGAUAUUUACUGUUUCUUUAUUAUAUUGACUGGAAUUUUGCUCAAAAUAGCAUACGAUGGCCGACUCGUUAAGGAGAAGCAAAAGAAAACAUGCUGUAAAAAGAUUGAAGAAGCUGCUACGUACAGCGAUCCCUGUGAGAAGAAGACGCCGAAGGUCAAACAAAGGAGAUGAAGAGGUGGAGGAGGCGCCAAGACGAGACGGUACUGAAGAGAAUUCUCUGGAAUCGGACGAAGAGAAGCGUGUUGAAGAUGAAGAGGAAGACGCAGAAGUAGAUGAUGGAAGGAAGAAGAAAAAAGGGAAAAAGAGGAAAGCUAGGAGUGAAUCCAAGAAGGAAAAGAAAAGGAAGAAGAAGAAAAAGGCUGAUAGUGCUGAGGAAAGUGACUACGGAGCCGGGGACGAGGAGAAUGGGGACUCGGACUACGGGAGGAAGUCGAGGAAACGAGGCAGUGCCAAACAUACGCCGGUUGCCACUCCUCAACCGGCGCAGGAGAAUUCUGGGAUGCCAACUGUGGAAGAAGUUUGCCAGACGUUUGGGCUGACUGACGUGGAUAUAGAAUACACGGAUGCGGACUUCCAGAACUUGACAACCUACAAACUUUUCCAGCAGCAUGUGAGGCCUCUCCUAGCCAAGGAUAACCCUAAGGUCCCGACAAGCAAGAUGAUGAUGUUGGUGGCCGCCAAGUGGAGGGACUUCUGCAAAAUGAACCCCCAGCAGGCUGAUUCGGACGGGGUCUCAGAGGAACCUGAUUAUACGCCGAAACCAAGCCGCUCUCGCUCUAAGUCAUCGGUUGCGACGGAGGACCCGCUGGAAGAGGAGGAGGAGGAUGUGGAAGAGAAGGAGGAGAAGGGACGAAGGAAGGGGCGGCGAAGCGGGAAGAAAGGGAACAGCAAAAAGAGCACUCCGGUGUCCACCACCAAGGUCCCCACACUGAAGAUCAAGCUGGGCAAACGGAAACAGGCCAGUUCAGACGAGGAGGGUGACGAGAGCUACGUUGGCACCGACAGAGACUCGGACGCAGAGUUCGAGCAGAUGCUGCAAGAGGCGGAGGAGGCCAGCGUGAAGGAUGCGGCGUCGGACGAGACUCCGGUCGGUGAGGAGGGGGCGGCAGAGGCUCCUAAGAAGAAGGCUAAAACAAAAAUCGGCAACAAAUCCAAAAAGAAGAAGAAAACGAAGACAACGUCAAAGUUUCCCAGUGGCGAAGGCCAAGACGGCUACGAGACUGAUCACCAAGACUAUUGUGAGGUGUGUCAGCAAGGCGGGGAGAUUAUACUCUGUGACACCUGUCCCCGGGCCUACCAUCUGGUCUGUCUGGACCCUGAGCUGGAGGACACGCCGGAGGGCAAGUGGUCCUGCCCCCACUGUGAGACCGAGGGCACUCAGGAGCAGGAUGAUGAUGAACACCAGGAGUUCUGCCGGGUGUGCAAGGAUGGAGGAGAGCUACUCUGUUGUGACUCGUGCCCCGCAGCGUACCACACCCACUGCCUCAACCCCCCUCUCACUGAUAUCCCCGACGGAGAUUGGAAGUGUCCCAGGUGUUCGGCCAAACCGCUGAAAGGAAAGGCCCAGAAGAUCCUGACCUGGAGGUGGGUGAAUGUCCCAGACAACAAGGCGACGGAGGAGGCCAGUUCUAGUACUACCAGUAAGAAGAAGCGGCCAACUCGCACCAGAGAGUACUUCGUCAAGUGGUACGAGAAGUCGUACUGGCAUUGUGACUGGGUGUCGGAAAUUCAGAUGGAGGUGUUCCACCCGCUGAUGAUCCGCAGCUACACACGCAAGUACGACAUGGACGAGCCGCCCAAGCUGGAGGAGCCCCUGGACGAGAUGGACAACAGGAUGAAGAGGAUCAGGGACUUCAGCAUCAACGAGCAAAGCCUGGAAGAGAAAUACUACAGGUAUGGAGUGAAGCCCGAGUGGCUGAUAGCACAUCGGAUCAUCAAUCACCGCACAAUGAGGGACGGCACGACUCUGUACCUGGUGAAGUGGCGAGACCUGUCGUACGACCAGGCCACCUGGGAGGAGGAGAACGAUGAGGUCCCCGGUCUGAAACCUGCCAUCGAGUAUUACCAUGACCUGCGUGCUGCCAACAACUUUGAAGGCACUCGCAAGAAGAAGGGGAAAGGGAAGAAAACGAAAGCGAGAGAAAUCGCAGAUGAGGAGCUAGACCCAAGACUGCCACGAAGGUAUACACCACCGCCAGACAAACCCAUCACGGAUCUGAAGAAGAAGUACGACAAACAGCCGGACUUCAUAGAACAGACCGGCAUGAUGCUGCAUCCCUACCAGCUGGAGGGUCUGAACUGGCUGCGGUACUCGUGGGGACAGGGCACGGACACUAUUCUGGCCGACGAGAUGGGUCUGGGCAAGACCAUACAGACAAUUACAUUCCUCUAUUCCCUCUAUAAGGAGGGCCACUGCAAGGGUCCAUUCUUGGUGAGUGCACCACUCUCAACAAUCAUCAACUGGGAACGAGAGUUUGAGACGUGGGCACCUGACUUCUACUGUAUCACGUACGUGGGUGACAAGGAUUCACGAGCUGUGAUACGUGAACACGAGUUAUCAUUCGACGAGAGUGCCAACCGUGGAGGCCGCGCGGGACGCAUGCGGACCAACAAUCUCAAGUUCCACGUGCUGCUCACAUCCUACGAGCUGAUCUCCAUAGACGUCACCUGCCUGGGCUCCAUAGAAUGGGCGGUUCUGGUCGUGGACGAGGCGCACAGGCUUAAGAGCAACCAGUCCAAGUUUUUCCGUAUCCUGGCAUCGUACAACAUCGCUUACAAGCUGUUGCUGACUGGUACACCACUCCAGAACAACUUGGAGGAGCUUUUCCAUCUGCUCAACUUCCUGACGCCAGAGAAGUUCAACGACUUGGCCGUCUUCCAAAACGAGUUUGCGGACAUCUCCAAGGAGGAGCAGGUCAAGAGGCUGCAUGAGAUGUUGGGGCCGCACAUGCUGCGGCGUCUCAAGGCCGACGUGCUCAAGAACAUGCCGACCAAGUCGGAGUUCAUCGUGCGUGUGGAACUGUCGCCGAUGCAGAAGAAGUACUACAAGUAUAUCCUGACAAGGAACUUUGAGGCUCUGAACCCGAAGGGAGGUGGACAACAGGUUUCGUUGCUCAACAUCAUGAUGGACCUGAAGAAAUGCUGUAACCACCCCUACCUAUUUCCGGCAGCCAGUCAGGAGGCGGCGGUAGGGCCCAACGGCACGUGGGAUCUGCAGUCCCUCAUCAAGGCAUCGGGCAAGCUGGUGCUGCUGUCAAAGAUGCUGAGGAAACUGCAAGAGUCAGGCCACAGAGUGCUCAUCUUCUCCCAGAUGACCAAGAUGUUGGACAUCCUGGAGGAUUACCUGGAAGGAGAAGGCUACAAGUACGAGAGAAUAGACGGCACAAUCACCGGGUCUCUGAGACAAGAGGCUAUCGACAGGUUCAAUGCCCCCGGCGCACAGCAGUUCGUCUUCCUGCUGUCAACAAGGGCCGGAGGUUUGGGUAUCAACUUGGCAACAGCCGACACAGUCAUCAUCUACGACUCGGACUGGAACCCCCACAACGACAUCCAGGCAUUCUCUCGUGCCCACAGAAUCGGUCAAGCCAACAAGGUGAUGAUCUACCGAUUCGUGACCCGCAACUCGGUGGAGGAGAGAGUGACACAGGUGGCGAAACGCAAGAUGAUGUUGACUCAUCUGGUGGUGAGGCCUGGAAUGGGGGGCAAGCAGGCAAACUUCACCAAACAGGAACUGGACGAUAUCCUCCGGUUCGGUACUGAAGAACUCUUCAAAGAGGAAGAGGGUAAAGAAGACGAGGCCAUCCAUUACGAUGACAAAGCUGUCGAGGAACUGCUUGACAGGUCCAAGAUGGGUAUUGAACAGAAAGAGAACUGGUCCAAUGAAUAUUUGUCCUCGUUCAAGGUGGCCAGCUACGUCACCAAGGAAGAAGAUGAGGAAGAAGAAAUGGGGACGGAGGUUAUCAAACAAGAGGCGGAGAACACAGAUCCUGCGUAUUGGGUGAAACUGCUGAGGCAUCACUACGAACAGCAACAAGAGGACAUCAGCAGGACUCUGGGCAAGGGCAAGCGAGUCCGCAAACAGGUGAACUACACAGACGGCGGAGUCGUGGAGAGAGAGAAUGUCGAGGGCUCAUGGCAGGAGAACUUAUCUGACUACAACUCGGACUUCUCUGCACCCUCUGAUGAUGACAAAGAAGACGAUGACUUCGAUGAAAAAAGCCGAUGGAAUGGAAGGUGGCCGGGAAGAAACGCCGACCCGAGAGAAGAGAAGAAAAGGAUCGGCCGUUACCACCUCUGCUGGCAAGAGUUGGAGGCAACAUUGAGGUGUUGGGUUUCAAUGCCAGACAACGCAAGGCCUUCCUCAACGCCAUUAUGCGCUACCGGCAUGCCGCCUCAAGAUGCCUUCAAUUCUCAAUGGUAUCUCCUGUUUGAAAAAUACUUUUAUCUGUUCAUCUUUGUUUGUCUAAAAUCACUUUGAAUCACUAAACUUACC